AUGAGUCAAGGUAAAGACACACGGACCAUCUACGACAUGCUGCGUCACCUGGCGGACAGACACUUCCUGGUGCUAGUCCUGCCGCGGGUGACAGAGGGUCCCUUGUCCCUGGGCCUCCAGAGCUGUGACAGUGGCAGCAUGGAGCAGCAGGUCCCCAGGAUAGACCCAAAGCCCCUGACCUCUAACGUCUACUCCACCUGGGAGAGGAGGCUACUCACCUGGCUCAACCUGCACUACCACAGCAUGAGGACUACCGUCUGGAGCCCACUCACCUCUACAGGAGACGUCCCACCAGCCCGCUGGGUGGUGAACUUUGACCUGGACCUGGCAGACGGCCUGGUUCUGGCUGCUGUGCUGGCUGCCUACUGUCCCUUUCUG